AUGUCACCAUCACGCACAGAACAUCCGACCGACCGUCUGCGUGUCGUUGUCGUCGGCGCCGGACUAGGUGGUCUCGCCGCCGCUAUUGCAAUUUACCGCAGCGGGCUGGCAGAGGUGCAAGUGCUCGAAGCCGCGUCCAAGCUCGGUGAACUGGGUGCCGGCAUCCAAGUCAGCCCAAAUUGCUCGCGCCUCUUGAUCCGAUGGGGCGUCGGCAAGUACCUCGACGACGCAGUGGUCCUUCCCAGGUAUGGUAGGGUUGUCCGCUGGCAGAACGGCGAGGUGUUGAGCCAGGCACCCAUGAUGCCGCAAAUUCAGGAGAAAUACGGCUUCCCCCACUGGCAUGUCCAUCGUGCGGACCUGCAUGAGGCUCUGAGGAGGAAGGUGGAGGAGUUAAAAAUUCCCAUUCUGGUAAAUGCAAAGGUCGUCGCUGCAGACGUUGAGGGGGCCAGCGUCUCUCUGCACACUGGCGAGAAGAUUGACUGUGAUUUCAUUGUUGGUGCUGAUGGGCUACGGUCGACGAUGCGCGAGGUGGUGUUCCAGAACGAGGAAGCAGCUCCGCCCUUCGUGACCGGCGACUAUGCUUAUCGAUUUACGGUACCCACAGAAGACAUGGCUGACGACCCUGUGCUUGCGGAUUGUGUCAGGGUGCCGAUGGCCAUUGGAUGGUGGGGCCCGCGAAUGCACGUUGUAGGUUACAAGUUGCGGAAUGAAACCAUCUUCAACGUCGUCGCUGUCUUUCCCGACGACGGAACGAUGGACAAUACCUACAAGAUGGAAGGUGAGAUCGAGCACUUAAAGAAGCUGUACGACGGGUGGUGUCCCCAGGUCAAGGCCUUGAUCGAGCGCGCAAAACCCGGCACCGUCACGAAAUGGAAACUGAUGGAUUUGCCGCCAUUGCAGAGGUGGCAUCGAGGCAAGCUGGUUUUGAUAGGAGAUGCCUGCCACCCGAUGCUGCCGAUGCAAGCCCAAGGGGCGUCACAAGCCAUUGAGGAUGCCGCGGCCCUGGCACAGUGUCUGCGACACCUGCCUCUCACAGAUGUGGGCACCGUAUUCCAACAACUUAGAUACUCACGUGCCACGCAAAUCCAGAAGUACGCCCGGACACAGCGAGAUAAGAAUCACCUGCUUGAUGGCCCGGAGCAGGAAGCUCGGGACGCCGCCAUGAAGGAUGCGAGUGCUGCUGCCAGAUCUGCGUAUGCCUGGAGCUGGGCUGCCGAGGAUGAUGAACCAGCGAGACCUUGGAACGAAGGGUUGUUCGGGUACGAUGCCGAGGAGGAAGCAUUAAAAAAGAUCAGGAAGCUUGGGUACCCUGUUAAGACCGAGUAG